AUGAAAUACGGAGAGCUCAUAGAAGCUUGCAUUGACAUAAUUAAGUCAUUCAACCCAAUUGUAACAACCCUCGACUCUCACGCAGAUGAUUUCACUAAGAAUAUGGAAAACGCAUUUGAAAAAGUUUUCAUAAAGCAAGUCUUCUACGGUUGAGUUAGGUAUCAAGAAUUCCUCAAGCUAUUCAAUCAAGUCUUGUUCAAAAUUCAUAGUUCCUCUACGAACAGGAAUGAUGCAACUCUCUAUUCUAUAUUUUCAUACUUGACUCUAUUCAGGCUAGAGGAACUCCAGAUCGAUGAUUAUAAGAAGAUAGUAUAUUCCCAGGAUGCAGUUAAAAUGCAUGUCUUUUUGCAAUUCAUAUUCAAUGCUGAGGCUCUUAGAGAGCAUGUCAGGGAUGACUGGAUCCAACUCUAUGACUAUACAUACAUUGACGACAAGAUCAUUGGUGGAGUUGAAAGAAUGCUCCCUAACGUUGCAGAUGUUCUAGCAACUAUCGAAAAGAAAGCAACUGGACAUAUUGCAAGUUCUCUAACGCAGAGCUCUUUCUCUAUAGCUGCUGCUAAAAGUGGAGAUGAGACAAUGGCAAAGACUAUUCUAGAGGAUAGCAUCGUAAAGAAGAAGGCUCCAACUCAACCAAAGCCAUUCAAAUUAACUAAGCCCAAACCAAAAGUAAUCGAAGAGCCAGAGGCAAUUAAAAGGGAAACAAAGGCUAUUCCAUUACCCAAGCAUAUUUUUAAGAAAUCUCUGGCUGACAUUGAAAAGGAGAAACAAGAGAGGCGCAAGAAUCAGAUUGAAAGAGUCCGUAAGGACUACGAAAAAGGGAAAGUCCAACCAUUCAAGCUCAAAACUAAAGAAACCAAUUAUGAUAUUGAAAAAGUAAAAGAGAAAUUUCAAGAAGAAGACAACAAGAAGUAUCAAUUUGAUAAGAAACAUGCCAGAAAGCUUCCUGAUUUUAACAAAAAUGAGCCUGAAAUCAAACCUACUGCAGCUGCUAUUCUUCGUGAAGGCCAUCAACUCACUAAAAAGAGGCAAGAAGAAGAGAAAAUUCUCAAAGAUUUUGAGAUGAACAUGCGAGAUGCCUCAGAAUUUGACCGCUGGUCUAAAGAAAUGGCGGAAAAGGAGGAAGUCGAAAGACUAGAGCACAUGCAAAAGAAAAAGAUCGAAAUGGAGCUUGCUAGGCACGAAGCCAUAGAAGUUAAGAAACAAAAGCACAAAGAAAACCAAUUCAAUGCAGCCAAGAUGAAGGUCGAGGCAGACAUGCGGGAGGAUCAACGGCAUCAUGAGAAAGUAAUUGAUCAAGAGAACAAGAAGGAACUCAUCUCCAUGAUCCAUGACCAAAGAGUUGUUGCUGGCGAUGAAAAGGAGAAAAUUGUCCAAAAGAACAAAGAGAUUCGUGAUCAAGUCCAUGAAGAAAUCAGUGAAGCUCUCGCUAAAAGAAGAGCUGAGGAAGAAGCUGAGCUGAGAAAAAGAGAAGAACUCAUUAGGCAAAUCAGACAACUCGAAAAGAUUCCGAUUGUUAGGACUCAAGGAUUUGACCCAACAGAGACAGCUGGGCAUGGAGUCCUCAAUGAGAUGUCAAUCGCUGAGCUUCGUGAAAGGCUUGAAUAUGAGAAGAUCAGAAGAGAGGCCGAAACUGAAGAAAGAAGGAAGCAAAACCUACAAGGAAAGGCAGAAAAGGAGGAUAUGCUCAAAGACACCAGUGAUCAGAUUCUCAUUGCCAGGAGCGAACUAAGAAAUCAAAAAGAUAAAGAAAGAGAAGAGAAGAAAAGAAAGAAGGAAGAACUUGAAAGAAAAAGACAGGAAGAAAGAGAAAGAGGUCUUAGAGAAGCCCACCGAAGGAUAGCUGAGAAAAAGAGAAUCAAAAAAGAGGAGGAUGAUAGGCUAGCAGCUGAGCUAAGAAAAAUUAAGCUCCAAAGAGAAUACCUCAAUGCCAAGAAAAUGCAGAUGGAAAAGAAAGUUAAGAAGGAUUUAGAAGCUGGACUUGAAAGGCAAGAGAGAGACAAAAGAAAUGCUAAACUUCUUGAAGAAUAUAAAAGAACUCAAGUGAAAGUUAAAGAUAUGCAAGUGAACGCCAGAAACAAUAAAACAAAAGUCCAAGGCAAGCUAGAUUACGACAAAGGAUAUAAAGAAAGAUUAGAGACUCGAAAGAUGGAAAAUGAGAUUCUUCACAAAGAAGUGUUGGGCUACAAAAACACUAAGUAUGCUAAACAGAAGAUUCAAGAGGAGACACUCAAAACAAAGCAGCAUAAGAUGAAUCCUUUCAAGGACAAGAUCAACAAGCAAUCUAUAGAUAAUGCCACUAAAAUUCAAAGACGAAAACAAGGAGUGACAACUACGUUCCAUGCUACCAAGGAAAUGGCUCCUAGUGAAGAAGAUUUCGAUCAGAUGGAUGAAGAUACUGGCGGAUUACUGGCUAUGGAAGAUGAAGGCAAUGAACAAGAAGACCAAGUUAAUAAAAUGAUGGAAAUGGAAGCAUAAAUUAGAUUUUCUACAACUUGGG